GUUUGAAUAGGCCUCAGUGUUAGUUGAGGGAUUAGCAUGAGAAUGGUGUGUGAGUGCUGGAAGGUGUUCUGUCACUCUGCAGCUCGCUCUCUCUCUCUCAGCUUCUCUCCUCUGAACACUCGACUCCUCUCUUCUCCUCUUUCACCUUCAUCUUCAUCUUUAUCCUUCCUCUUCCCGUUCAGGAACAACAUGGAGAAUAACCACACCUUCCUGUACUUUGCUUAUGGCAGUAACCUGCUGAAGGAGCGCCUUCAGCUGAAGAACCCGUCUGCCACGGUCCACUGUGUGGCCCGGCUCAAGGAAUAUAAACUGGUGUUUGGGAACUAUAAAGGCCUGGCAAGUGACCGGUGGCACGGCGGUGUGGCUACCAUCGAGAAGAGCCCUGGAGACGAGGUAUGGGGGGUGGUGUGGAGGAUGAACAUGACAGACCUCGAGUCCCUGGACAGUCAGGAGAAUGUGACAUUGGGUGCGUACAGUCCAGUGGAGCUCCCAGUGAAGACUAAAGGACAGGAGCUCAGCUGUCGGACCUACAUCAUGAACAGCUGUGUGUACGCUCCUCCAUCACCUCAGUACCUACGGGUGAUAGUGAUGGGCGCAGAGCAGAACGGCCUGCCCAAGGACUACCAGGAGAAGCUGAGAGCCAUCAAGACCAACAUGUAUGAAGGUCCUCUGCCCAUGAUGAAUGAACUCGACCGAAUCAGGAGAGCCAAAGAGAGGGACCUCCAAGGCUGUGAUGAUGGCCGGGUCCAGGUCCACUUUCUCCUGUAGAAAAAGUCCUUAAAGCGCUGUGAGGAACCUUAAACUGUUGAUUAAUGACGAGAAAGAAAUGUUGAAUGCAAAACAACAGACGGAGCAAUGACACAGAUUCAUUAUUAUUUUCAGUUUGACUGACAGAAUCAGGAAGUAGUCAUUUCUCACCACGUUAUAAAAUGUUUUAACCCUUAAAGGCAGGGUUGGUUAUUUUCCUCCAGAUGCACUUUUUAGGAUUUGGGUUGAAAUUGUCUUUAGGUCCUGACAGAAAUUAAUAACUCAUGUUCUCUGAAAAAGAAACAAAGAAAAUCCGUCAUCUGUAGCAGUUGUAAUGUAGUUGUAAUGUAAAAACUUUGACCAAUGUCUGCCAAGAGGUACCAAUCUGAUGAACCAAUCACAGCCUUCCUGUCUCCCUGCUCGUUCUCUACCUCUUGCGUGAACUAGCCCACACAAGAUAGAGUUUAUACUGCGAGUUUACUUACCGCUGAAUGAGACGACAUAGUUUCUACACAAUGCAAGCGAUGAGCUGAGGUCCCCUUCUGGAGUGACGGUGCUCGUGCAUGUUAGUGAGGGGCCGUGGCUUUUGAGGGAGCACAGAGGGGAGGGGGUGUAGACGGAGCACUGAGGGAAUGCUACUUUCGAAAAUUUCCCAACCCUGCUUUUAAAUGAAAGUAGACUUUUUACCCAAACAUCACAUAACUUAAGCUAAGGUAUAAGUCAGAAGGGUAUAUAUUUCAUAACUGUUGGUCAUAAUUGUUGCCUGAAUGGAGGAGUUAUUAAAUAAAGGAUUACUUUAAUGUGGCACAAAAUCAGAGAUUAUGUCGUUUUGGAUGAAUCACUGAAGACACAAAUAUGAUCAGGUUAUGCUCACCGAAGUGUGAUUCUAUCGAACAUCUUCAACAAAACUGUCAUUUUUAAAGAUCCACAUUAAAGUUGCGAAUGUCAACUCA